AAAGCCCGAGAAACAAAGAAAAAGUGCGGCGGCGUCCUUUUCUCGGAAGUGUGUCGUCAGACUGGCGGGGCUUCACUUGACCUUACAAUGCUGAACUGAAAAGAAAACCCAAAGCAAUUAAUAAACUUCGGAUUAAAAAGUAAAAUAUAUAAACAUUAGAGAAGAUAAGAGAUCUUUCUGUCGAAGGGAGCUCGUAGUCGGAUAAUCAGGAUGGAUCCGGCUCUGCUGCGAGAGCGCGAACUCUUUAAGAAGAGGGCUCUGUCCACUCCUGCAGUCGAGAAGAGACCGGCGUCCUCCGAAGCCUCAGGCUCUUCCAAGAAAAAGAAGAGCAAACCUGACAAAGACUCAUCCUCAGGAUCGAAAAACAGUGCAGACUCCAGUAAUGGAUCCUUUAAUCUCAAAGCUCUCUCUGGAAGCUCAGGCUACAAGUUUGGAGUUUUGGCACGAAUUGUCAACUACAUGAAGACGAGGCAUCAGAGAGGAGACACUCAUCCACUAUCCCUGGAGGAGAUUUUAGAUGAGACUAAGCUGUUGGACAUUGGCUUGAAGCAGAAGCAAUGGCUCAUGUCUGAGGCGUUGGCAAGUAACCCCAAGAUUGACGUGCGUGAAGGGAAAUACGCAUUUAAACCUAAAUACCAUCUGAAAGACAAGAAAGCACUGCUCAGAUUGCUGGAUAAGCAUGACCAGCAGGGGUUAGGAGGAGUACUGCUGGACGAUGUGGAAGAGGGCCUGCCCAAUGCUGCCAAGGCCAUUAAAGCUCUUGGAGAUCAGAUCAUAUUUGUGUCCAGACCUGACAAGAAAAAGAUUCUCUUCUACAAUGACAAACACUGUCACUUCGAAGUCGAUGAAGAGUUCCAGAAGCUGUGGCGCAGUGUUCCAGUGGAUUCCAUAGACGAUGACAAGAUUGAAGAGUACUUGAAAAGACAGGGCAUCUCAUCCAUGCAGGAUACAGGAUCAAAGAAAAUAACACCAAUCCAAAAGAGGAAGAAGCCGGUGACACAGAAGAAGAGACGGUUCAAGACUCACAACGAUCAUCUGAAUGGUGUUUUGGAGGACUACUCUGACGGAGUAGUCCCCAAUAAGAAGUGACACACAGUCAUGUGGGUUAGGACCCACAUGAGGGAUAAAGACUCAAAAUAAAAAUUUGUGUGCGUGUGCACUGUAUCUUAUUGCCAAAACCACAUGGAGACUAACAGACAAAAUUCUAAUGUGAAGUGACUGUAAAUAGGUUUUUUUUUUGUCAGCACUUUAACAACUAUGUUGAAGGCUUUUUUAGAAUAAAACUUUAAAACAA